AUGCCACAAGACAAUGAAACUAUAUAUGUUGACGAGAUACAUGGCUCUGAUGAAACCGGAACAGGAACUCGGGAUGCUCCCUAUAAAACAGCAGUUCACUCUCUUCAAGCGAAAGGUGACAAUAUAAAAAUUCUAGUUCAGAAAACUUCUGAAGAAGGUUACAAAGAUAUAUCAGUUUCUAAUCGUGGAAAGCGCGUUAAAGUUUCUGGAUGGGUUCACCGCCUUCGCACACAAGGAAAAGAUAUGAAGUUUAUAGUUUUGAGAGAUGGUUCUGGAUAUCUUCAAUGCAUUCUCACCGGCAAAUUGUGUCAUACAUAUGAUGCAUUGACUUUAUCCCUCGAAUCGACAGUUACGAUUUAUGGUGUGAUAUCCGAAUUACCUGCUGGCAAAACGGCUCCUGAUAAUCACGAGCUUCUUGCCGAUUAUUGGGAAGUCAUUCAUAAUGCACCGGGUGGCGAUGAUGCAUUUACCAACAAACUUAAUGCUGAAGCCGAUCCAUCCGUAUUAUAUGAACAACGUCAUUUAGUAAUUCGAGGAGAAACUGCAUCUACAGUGUUAAAAGUUCGAUCUGCAGUUAUGAAGGCGUUUCGCGAUCAUUUCGACUCUAAAGGAUUUACAGAGAUUAACGCUCCUUGCAUGGUUCAGACUCAGGUCGAGGGUGGAAGUACUUUGUUCGAAAUGAAUUAUUACGGAGAAAAAGCGUAUCUUACACAGACCUCUCAAUUAUACCUCGAGACAUGUCUCCCAUCACUUGGAGACGUAUAUUGUAUUUCAGAAUCUUAUCGUGCCGAGAAAUCACAUACCCGUCGUCAUUUAUCCGAGUAUACCCAUUUAGAAGCCGAAAUGGUUUUUAUUACAUUUGAUGAUCUAUUAAAUGCUUUGGAAGAUUUGAUUUGCGAUACAAUUUCUCGUGUCCUCGCACAUGAACCAACUCGCAAAUUAGUUUACCAACUUCAUCCAGAUUUCGUACCUCCUAAACGUCCUUUCUUACGUAUGGACUAUAAAGAUGCGGUUCAGUAUCUCAAAGACCACGAUAUUAAAAAAGAAGAUGGAAGUUUUUAUGAAUUUGGUGAAGAUAUUCCAGAAGCUCCUGAACGUGUUAUGACAGAUCGAAUUAAUCAACCGAUUUUCCUAUGUAGAUUUCCCGCUGAAAUCAAAGCAUUUUAUAUGAAACGAUGUGCUAAUGAUAAGCGGGUUACAGAAAGUGUGGACGUUUUGAUGCCCGGCGUAGGAGAAAUUGUGGGUGGAAGUAUGAGAAUUUCAGAUAUAUCUGAAUUAUUAGAAGGAUAUAAAAGAGAAGGAAUUGAUCCAACACCAUAUUAUUGGUAUACAGAUCAACGAAAAUAUGGAACGACUGAGCACGGUGGAUUUGGAUUAGGUGUUGAAAGGUUUUUAGCUUGGUUAUUACAUCGUGAUACAGUAAAAGAAUGUUGUUUAUACCCAAGAUUUAUGGGACGUUGCUUGCCAUGA